UGCACGGCUUCCACUCAUAGUUUGUAGGAACCCUCAAGUUCGUGGCCCACAAUACGCUCAAAUAAUGAAGAAUUUGAGGGCAUGCAAAUCCUGAUUUGGCCGGCGUAGGCAAUUAAGGACCGACUUACUGGCCUCCUCCUAAGUGGCAUUUUGACACGGUUUCUCAGGCUUGCCUUUUUGCGGCCGCGCGGCGCAGUUCGUCUCUGAUGAUAUAGCGCCCUCUUGGGAAGACUGAAGAUUUAUCUCAGACUUCAGAAAUGGUUGGAUUCUAGUUCUACUGCUACUGCUAGGUUCGCUUUCGAGAAAUUUCGCUGUGACUUGUGAAGUUGUGUGUGUAUUUGCGAUAGCAUUUCGUUUUCAAUAUCAAUCGAUUUCAGUCAUUAUGGCUAAAAGGACGAAAGGAGAUCUGUCUGAGUUGGAGAAAGAAUUGUUUGAGAGCAUCCAAUUUGAUAAUAUUGAGCUGAUUCGACAGUUGUUGAGCUCCCCUGAUGUAGCAGUCAACUGCCUUGAUGAUCAUGGCAUGACCCCAAUCCAACAUGCAGCCUUCAAAGCCAAGAUCCCCAUCUGUGAGUUGCUGCUUGCCAAUGGUGCCGACGUCAACAUUAAUGAACAUGAGAACAGCUACACAACGCUUAUGUUUGCUGCCCUCUCCGGUAACACUGAGGUGACUCGCCUGAUACUAGAAGCCGGCGCCAAGACGACACCUGUCAAUUCAGUGGGUCGGACUGCUGCACAGAUGGCUGGCUUUGUGGGUCAACACGCCUGCGUCAGCAUCAUCAAUAACUUCUUCUCUCGAGAGGAUGUUGAUUACUACACCAAAAAGCAAGGUUUUGAAAAGGAGCCCAAGUUGAAACCAGAGCUGGCUCCAGCUGUUCACAAACUCAUCCUGCAGACAAACCUCAAUCCCGUCAAGAUACUUCUCUUCAUCAAGGAUCACGAGGAGCUCAUCAACGAAUCUGUUGCCGUGGCCCGUGUCUUGGACUGCAUCUGCGAGAAGCAGAUGAAGACAUCCGACACCAACGAAGUCUUGGCCAUGAAGACGCACUAUCUGGCUUUCCUGCUCAGGAUGUGCCACAAGUACGACGUGGAUAACUUGGAUGGCGCGGAUGGACUUAUCAAAUUUUUCUUGAAGGGUCGGGAACCAGAUGGUGAGAAGCUAGGCAUGGAGACGAAGAUACGCGGAGCGAUCCGAGACUUUCCUUACCACGAGUCGGAACUCUUGCAGACGAUGGUCCGGAACAUUGCCAAUGUCAAACCGGGAGAUGAUCCUUCAGCAUUGACCAUCCUGUCGCAGGGUAUCAAUGGGUCGCGCAGCGUAGAAACCGAAGAAAUCUGCUCAACGUGUGGUGAAGCUAAGGCGGCCAAGAAAUGUUCGGCUUGCAAAAUGGUCAACUAUUGCAACCAGUCCUGCCAGAAGCUUCAUUGGUUCACGCACAAGAAGGUUUGUAAGAAGCUAGCAGAGGAUUUCAUGAGGAUACAGAAACUGAACGAGGAACUGGAAGAGAAAGAGAGCAGAAAACAGGCCGAAGAGGAAGAAAGAAAGGAGGCUGAAAUUCUGGCUUCAGAGCAAGCAGCUUCUGAAUUAGCAGCCAAGGAAUCCACCGAGUCCGCCACGAAAGACUCAUCGGAAGAUGUGAAUUCUGUCUCCAUCAGCGAAGUCACCUUGGAGGACAAAUCAUCAACUGAGGAUGCGAAGGAAGAGAGAGGGGAAUCGUAGCAGGGGACGGUAUCUGAGUUGAGUGAGUGGCCAUGAUGGCGAUAUGAACACUGACGCACCAAGCCUGCUCACAUGGGAAUGAAAUAUCCCACCUCUUCUGAGAAUGUUAUCUUGGGGCAAAACAUUGUUGUUGUAGAUAUACGAUAACCCCCCGCUACGAAUGACCACCCACGAAUCACCAGCAACAACGUAAUAGGAAUCUUGUAAUAUCCCCCCCCCCCCCCCUAAAAAGGGGAAACUAGUGCGCAUGCACUACCUCUGCAGGCAAUUACGAUCCAUUUUCAGUCCCACGCGCACUACACAAAAAAGGUGUCAUGAAGUUGCACAUAAGUCUGGCUGCAUCUUGCAUGCUACUGGAAGAAAUUUAAGAGUUUGGUUCGGUUGUAACAUGAGAAGUUUUGAAUGCGCGCUGCAUGUAAAAGGCAAAACAGGUGCUCGCACAUUGCUACAAGAUUGCCAAGACGUUGUUAAUGGCGCGGCGGUUUGUGGAUGAUAGCGAUUAUUGCGGCCGUGGAUUAUCGCAUAUCUGCAACAUCGUCUUGACCGAAGACUGCUACAGAUUGUAUCCCCAGUCAGUCUCCUGGCAAGCAAUAUGAGGCAAUUGAUACAGCGAUAUUUGAUCUCAAACAAACCUUGAUAAAAAAAACCUGCUUGCUUGGAAUGGCACACUGCCAUGCGAAUGCUGUUAUUCCUAUACUUGACAGUUAUCUAUAGGGCCAAGUCAAAUUAGAGGCAACCAAAUAGACUACAAGCUAAAGGAAUCCUUGUCAAUCAAAUUACGUUGGGUUUUGUUCAACAGUUUUCGACUAAAGUGUGCUCAUAGAUAGAGGUUUUUAAUUCUUGACCAAAUGUUGAAUAUGGUGCACCUAAUAGCAAUUCCUCCAGCAUUUUGCAUUUCCGGAGCUAAAUAUUCAUUAUAUUUAUUUCCCCGUCCGUCCCCUUUUUUUGGGGGGGGGGAGGGGAAAUAAUGAUUUUUCAACAGUUCAAGUAACUAGCAUGCAUUUUUCUUUAACUUGGCUCAUAUCAUUGUUUGAAAUUCCUUUAAUAUCCAUGGAAAAAAAGCCACCCCCCCAAAAAAAA